AUGCCUUCUAAGCAAUGAGCCAUCCGACUCGAAGUGCGUUGGCUGCCGUCAGCAUGCGAUCGGAGGAAGAGAAAUUCACAAAGCUUGUGAGUCGGAACUCAUGCUCCCAAACAGACAUUUGCAGGAGCGAGAACAAAUAACAGAAAAAGAGACGCAGCCUCACUGCCAUCCAUUCUGGGCCAUACAAUCCACUGACCAAAAGUCUUGAAUGUGAGAAAGAGAACAAGGGAGAUUGUAUUGAGAAUAGGUAAAAAGCUGUUGUGGUAUUUAAACCCGCCUCUCGAAAGGUGAGAUGGAAAAGCUGUAUGUCUACCACGGACCCAUUGGUAAGAAGGAAGGGGAGCGGCGACUGUUGGUGGAUGGACGGGAUGGAUGCUACUUGGUUCGAAACAGCGAUUCUGUACCCGACGUCUACUGCCUCUGUGUGCUGUGCAAAGGAAUUGUCUAUACAUACAGGUUUCACAAGCAUGAUGGAGGAUCAUGGGCUGCAGAGACCAGUCCUGGUGUGCCGAAACGCUAUUUCCGUAAAAUCAAGAACUUGAUAGCAGCUUUCCAGAAGCCCGGACAAGGAAUUGCCAUGCCUCUGCUUUACCCUGUCACUGGCCAGAGACAGGCGCAAACACCCACAGUGGCACAGACACCCAAUAAUAGCCUGUCACCAACACACAGCGGCUCGAGUACUCUCCUCCAGCAGUCGUGUGCUGCACAGGGACAGAAAAAUUAAAAAGACAAAACCAAAAUGGAAAAUAUAUUUAAAAUAUUCAUCUUGAGCAUAACUUCUGUAUUUUGCAACUUUCACAUCCUCUCCAAACAGAUCCCCAUUCACCCCUGCCAAAAAAAAAAUCACUUUAACUCAACAUACAAUUAAUCAAUGUUGUUUAAUGCUAUAUUGUGUAUGUACAAAUAGAUUAAACUGAACCUUCUUGCAUUCACACAUAAUGGAAGCAACUAAAAUAUCUAGCUGGAAGAUACCAAGUUACCCAAUAAAAACUCAACUAAACUAAAAAUGUGGCCAGGGUAUGAAUAUUUGUGGGCCUAACUGUAUACUUGCAGUCUGUUCUCCUUUAUGCCACACAAAAUGUGUCAUAAUUUACCAGGAUGUGUGGUGUAAAAUAUUCCUCUACUGAAAAAUUCAUAUCCAUUACUGCAUAAAUAAAUUGACAACAAAUGUAUUUUUCAUGACAAGGAAAAUAAAGGAUUUGGGUGAAAUAUA